UUAAUUAAAAAAAAUAAGAGAAGUUAUAAUAAUGUAUUAAUUGACUAGAGUGUAUAAAUUACAUUACAGUUUUAUUAAUCUCUGAUCAUUGAUGAUAUAGCUUGUAUAUAAAUUUUAUUUCAAGAAUAGUGACGUAUAUUGACUUCAAUUAUUCGAUUUUACAUCACGCAUACGUAUGUUUUUCAUAAAAAAAUCGAUUUAUAAGAUAUAUACGCGCUACAUGUAUACAGAUCUGAAGAAAAACAAAUCGUUGUUUUUCUUCAUUACUCAUAUCUCAUUUAUUAGUCCAUUUCAUAUAACUGUUUGCGGACAUGUCGCAUCCUUGAAUAUUUUAUCAAUCCUAACACUUAACUCGCUUUCAUACAACCGCUUAUCUUGCGGAUCUCAUCAAAAAACGCAAAUAUACCAUACUGAUCUAAAGAUUGUAAAGUGUUUAGACAAAUCUGAUAUAGCAAUUGUAAUGCAAGAUAUAAUAACACGUAAAAUUGGCACAAUCUUCAAAAUUCAGCUGUCAUAUCCAACUUGACAUAUGAAUUUAUUCCUUUAUCAAAAUAUUCUUAAUAUAUUUAUUUUAUAAAAUAAUGCUAAAAAACAAAAAUCAAAUCAUGUCAAUCUUUAAGUCAAUUUUUAGUAAAUAAAAAUAAAUAAAUGGUAUAAAAUUUGCGCUAAUAAACGUUGCCUAUUAUUAAUUAGUUUAUUUAUUCGAUUUAUAAACUAAAUCUUUCGUCUUUAAUUUUCGUCUUUAUAUUGCUUAAGAAAAAUAGUAAGGAAAAAUAUCUUUGAAAAUAAAAAGAUUUAAAAAGAAAAAUAAAAAUAAUUAAGUAAAAAGUAAAAGAAAAAAUGUAAGAAUUAUUUAUAGAGAAAUUAAUGUUGACAUUUAAAAUUCUAUGUAUACUUGUUUUCUUUGGAUUUUAAAUUUUAAAUCUUUAGAUAUAUAAGGAUCAAUCUGAUGCACCGAAACGAUCAAUUCCGCAAUCCGGUUAUUCAAAGAAACUCGAGACAGAUAAUCACUUGUAAUUUACAUAAAAAGAAAGAUAAAUACCGCAAUCGAUACGAAUGAUGUACACGCGCAUUGUAUUUUCAGCGAAGCUCCGCGCUUGAGUUGUAAGUGGUAUAGCCGUAUAUCUGAUCGGACACAUGCGUCGCGCACCUUCGCAUAGUCGCUCUUAAUUCAAGUUGGUCUUUGCUCGCCAGUGCACGUUCGUAACUAUACUCGGGUGGUGGGUUUAUCCUAGAUCAUCAGCGAAAUUAUUCUAUUUCUCAACGUCUCUAUUUGUGUUGAAAAAAAAUCACGCUUACAAAAGUCAGCUACGAAAAACUGGAUUUCAUGAAUUUCUCAACGGAAUGGUUGUUUCCUUAAACGAUCAACGAGGAAAGUUACGGCAUGAUGUUGAAAACAAAACGAUUAUUCACUGCGAAUUCUAAGAAACAUAGCGCAAAUUUCCAUAAGUACUUACCAUUCUUAAUGCGUCAAAGAAAAGACAACACAAAAAGGGUGGAUACUCAAUUAACGGGAUCGUAUCCUCCGGGUCCGCCGAGAGUGCGACCUUUUCUUCACAGUGGUUUAAUCAAUGAAAUUCCUCCAACUGUAUCUGUGAACAGUAAUGAUCUACAGAGCUUCCAAUGUGCAAUAGGGCCUAUUUUAGGGUUUGCCCAAUUAUUCGGAGUUUUGCCGGUCUCAGGAGUACGCGCAUCGACCCCUUUAAAGUUAAAGUUUGCAAUUUUUUCGUUUCGUACUUUCUAUGCUUUUUCUAUAACUUCCAUGGUACUCUUUAUGGCGAUAUUGUCGAUUAUUCACAUGAUAAGGACGCUAAACUCCUCAACUUUUGAAAUGCAAGGAGGAAUAGCAUCUGCAACGGCAGGCGCGAUAUUCUAUGGGAACAGCGUACUGGGCUUGAUACUAUUUUUCUGGCUAUCACCGCGUUGGGUAAUUCUUCAACGCGAUUGGAGAGCUAUGGAACAAUUUAUAGACAGUAAUAAAGUGGAACGACCGAAACUUCGUUGGAGAUUUAAUUUGAUAACUGCUUCUAUUCUACUUAUGGCUCUUGGUGAACAUAUCCUGAGUAUAGCAAUAAACACAAAGACAUUUGAUUGGAAAGGCACUUCGAAGAAUUCGACAUUCAAACAUUUUUUAGAAAUAUAUUGCGUACAUUCACACGCGUUUAUUUUGGAGACAUUAAGUUACAAUCUUGCACUCGGAAUUUUUAUUUUUAUCAUCAGCAAAUUGGCAACUUUUACAUGGAACUUUACUGACGUUUUCAUCAUGUUGGUAGCUACCGGCUUAGCUGAAAGAUACAAGAUAUUGAACAAGCAAGUAACAACUUCUAUAUUGAAGCAUGGGAUAAUAGACUGGUGUGGAGUUCGCGAAGAUUAUGCUGCUCUUAGUUGCAUAGUGAAGAAGGUGGACAACAAUAUCUCACCUAUAAUUCUUUUAUCAUUUGCGAACAAUCUUUAUUUCAUCUGUUUGCAACUACUCAAUGGAUUGUCCCAGCCAGCUGAGGGCAUCAUAAAUGAUAUUUAUUUCUUUGGAUCUUUUGCAUUCCUAAUCGGCAGAACAGUGGUCGUCACUCUCUUAACUGCAAGGAUCAACGAUCAAAGCAAAAUUAUUUUACCGAAAUUGUAUACUUGUUCGAGUUCUACCUAUAAUAUAGAGACAGAAAGGCUGAUGUAUCAACUCAGUACUGACGAUAUCUCACUUACAGGAUUGCGCUUUUUUUCUAUUACACGAAAUUUCAUGUUAGCGGUGGCUGGUGCAAUUGUAACAUAUGAAGUCGUACUACUGCAAUUUAAUAUCUCGAUAAAUAAAUGAAUAUAUAUAAUAGUGUACUGUAA